AUGGAUCCUCCCUUGUUCUUGGACUUGAAAGCUUUGGAAAAUAUCAAAAAUGGUGAUGAUGUUUGGUCUGCGGUCACUGAGCUGGAUUUUCCGGUAUGGGAAACCAUCCCCGAAUCUGGUUUUAGACGUGUUGUUGGUUCUUGCAAUGGCUUGGUUUUACCAAACCCUCUUCUAGUCACAGGGCUUAAAGAUAGCUACAAAAAAUUUAAUGGAUUUGGGUAUGAUUCUGCGACUGACGACUACAAGGUGAUACGGGGGUUCGCCUAUGAUGCAAAUGGUGCUAAGAAAUUCAUGAUUCAAAUAUUUGCACUGAAAACAGGUUCAUGGAGGACUGUCAAAGAUAUUGAUUAUGUUGACCUGACAAAGAUGCAGGGAUUGUUUUUAAACGGAGCUUUGCAUUGGUUAGGGGAUCUACCUGAACCCGAUGGGGACACAAGAAUUUUGUCCUUUGAUUUAGGGGCAGAGAAAUUUCAGGAGACGAUUCAAUUACCCUAUGCUGACCGGUUUACUCAUCUCUUGAUUCAUAGAAAUUGUCUCUGCGCAUGCAGUUGCCCAACUGAAUCGAUCAAUAUAUGGAUGAUGAAAGAAUAUGGAGUUAAGGAAUCCUGGACUGAAAUAGUACAAUUUUCUCUGGAGAAUUAUGUACUGAAUUGUGUACUGGAUCCUGAUGAAUUUAAUCUCCUUGUCAGGCCUGUGUGCAUUUUGGAGAAUGGUGUAUUUUUGAUUGACAGGAUGGGUGGUCGCAAACCCGGUAAUGUUGAACGUGUCGUGGUAUUUUCUAAUCUACAGGAGAAGACAUUCGAGCAUUUUGUUAAGGUCACGCAGGACUCGGACUUUACAACAUUCAUUUACCAAGAGACAUUAGUUUCACCAGAUAUCCCCACAAACAAGACCAAUAUUGUGAGUCUUCUUUACCCAUUGUCAUUACAAUUUUAG